CCUCAGUCUGACAUCAGUCUCAUCUGGGACCAAGCUGGUGACACAGACGUGAUCUCUCUUCACCUGGUGAACGUGACUGCAAAGCUACAACUAUGCCUGGCCUGAAAAACCACAUUAAAGGGCUCAAAGAGGUGUUUGAUCAGUAUGCUGAUAGUGAGGGCAAUCUAACGAAGGACCAAUUCAAGAAGCUGUUGGAGACAGAAAUUGAAGACGAAGAGGUUAAGGCUAUGAUUGCUGAGAUCGGCGUUGAUAAGAUCGUGGAGAAGGCGGACCUGGACAACGAUGGAAAGUACUCCUUCAGAGAGUUGUGCUUGUGUGCAGCUUACCUGGGCAAACACUGCAAUAAACGCUGCGGGAAAAAAUGUGACGCAUAAAGUGAAUAACUAAACAGGAAAAUGAUUUUCAAAGAAAUGCCAAUUGAUUCAAGUGUCAUUCAAUAUGGCUGAGAAAGAAUAAAAACUAUGAAAUGUAA